UCUCUGUUGGAUAGUAAAAAUGUUUGUUGGUAUUUUUCCAGAUGGAUUUGUUUGCCUAAAGGUUGUUUUUGUUCUUAUACAGAGGGAAAAUCACUCAGAGAUGAUGAAAUCUUACAGAAUCUACCAGUGGGGACCACUGCCACCAUGUAUUUCAAAGAUCUUGGUCCACAAUUAGGCUGGACUAUGGUGUUUCUUGCAGAGUAUAUCGGGCCCCUUCUGAGCUACCUCCUCUUCUAUUUUCGAAUACCCUACUUUUACUCAAACAGAUAUGCACUUAGUUCCAGCCCCCACCCUGUUGUCACACUGGCCUGCGUCUGUCAUACCUUCCACUACACGAAGAGGCUGAUAGAGACAAUCUUUGUGCAUCGCUUCUCACAUGGGACCAUGCCUCUCAGGACUAUAGUCAAGAAUUGUGCCUAUUACUGGGGGUUUUCAGCAUGGUUGGCUUACUAUAUCAACCACCCUCUCUAUACGCCUCCAUGUAAGUCAGUCCGAGUAUGCCACAUACAGCAUGUUUUUCUCCUGUAUUUUCAUCAUAUCAAAGCCAAACUGUCUUUCUCCACAGCAUACGGAGAACUGCAAGUCAACUAUGCACUAAUUCUAUUUGUGAUGUGUGAAAUGGGCAACUUCUCCAUUCACUUGACUCUGAAUAAGCUCAGGGGAGAUGGACCCAAGGGUAGAAGAUUUCCUAUGCCAAAUAAGAACCCCUUCACCUGGCUUUUCUUCUUUGUAUCCUGCCCAAACUACACAUACGAGGUUGGAGCUUGGGUGAGCUUUUCUAUCAUGACCCAGUGUCUGCCAGUGGCAUUUUACACAUUACUGGGGUUUAUUCAGAUGACCAUCUGGGCCAAAGGAAAGCACAGAGCCUACAUCAGGGAAUUCAAGGACUAUCCCAGUCUCCGAGUGGCUAUUAUACCUCUGAUUCUUUGAUAAUGGUUAAAGCAUGAA